AUGGAGGUCAGUGUGGGAACAAUCGAUGCAGUAGAGGCCAAGUCACUGCAGUGGGGUGGCGUGCAUGCGGAGUUAAUGAAGAUAAACGUUCAAAUUCAACCCGAAUGGACAAUACGCAUUACUCUUCACCCAUCGGAGAUUACCCAUUGGGAUAUUAACGUACCAGAUUCAUUUCGGACACCCACUGUGCCAGACUGUGGAGAGGGCGGGGGCGGGGCACGGCCUCGCCAAGAUGCCUUCCGCCGGGGGUUGGGCGGCUGCCCUGGUGUAGCCAAAGAAAUGUAUCUGAAGGUGGAGACGCACAGAUCUCUAAAACGUUCUAUGUCAAGACUUAGUGACGUUCGGCACCGGCGCGUGGCGCGGCGGCGCGUGCGGGCGGAGCAGGGCGGCGCUAUAUUUAGCGAACGCAACGGGGGCGGCGGGGCGCGAGCGCGGUGGCGGAUCGGGUCGGGGUGGGGUGCCGUGACGCAUAGCCGUGCCGUGCCGUGCCGUGCCGUGCCGUGCCGUUGCCGUGCCGUGCCGAGCCGAGCGGAGCCGAGCGGAGCGGAAGCGGCGGGGGGCGCCGGCGGCGCGGCGCGAGGGCCCGCGUGGUCAGUCGGUGGCGGGCGGCGCGAGCGCGGGGGCGAGCGAGCGUGCGGCGUGGAGGCGAGCGUGGAGGCCGAGGCGGGCACGCACCAUGUCGGGCCCGACGGGCUCCGCGGGCAGCCCCGGGGCCCGCGCGGGGGCGCUCGUCGUCUUCAGAGCACGCCCCCCCGCACGCGUUGCACUGGCUUUGCACUGGGCUCCGCGGGGCGGAAGACGCCUUCAGAAGAGGAGGCGACGGCGCCGUUGCCGUCGGGCAGUCAGAGCGCCUCGCUGCCAAACGAAGAACUCUCCCAGUGACAGUGCGGACAGUGGACUUCGACUCUCAGUCAAAGAUCGCCACUCGACGGAGCGGUGGAUAGCGCUGCACUGCACCAGUGGGGGAGAAACGCCGCGAAAAUGGGUGCAGCCUACAAAAGAGGGAUUCGACAACCCUUCCCUGUAUUUCGCAUUGAGAUCUUCAGUUUAAGUACACCAUAUGCUUCAAAUCAUAUAUUUAAAAAAAAUCAAUAUUUUAGGUAUUGGAACAAAAAUAGUACCAAUAUUUGCUUUACAAUAGACAUUAGAACACGUUUUAGCUUCAGUGUUUUAUUUUUUAUUUAUUAUCCUAUGAAACACUUAAAGUGAUUCCAAUGUCUGUUCAAUGAAAGAAAAAUUAUCGUAGAAAGAGAUACUUUAAACGCUUAAAGUGAGAUUUUGUACGAGAAAUUUAAUUGUAAAUUAAGUAUAUUGAUUAAAAUGAAAAAUGUAUUCUGCAGACUUUACUUUCUUCCAAUGGUGUAAAUAUAAAAUGUUGACAAAUUAGUCAUAGUUGGUAAAAGAAUCCAUCAACUUUGGGAUCAUAUAAAAAGGAUCUCUUUGUGAAAUACAUGAGAAAACGUCAUUGCUGUUUCUCGGUGAUAGAACGUAAUCAGGGAACAAGAAAUGCCGCUGUGGUAACCCUCUUUUGGAUUCGCCCAUGAGUUUCAUUGCAGUUGAGUUUUUAAUGAAAUGCUUAGAUUUACGACCUCUGCUCGGUAAAUUCCAUGAGCUGUUAGGAGCGGCAACGUUGCCUCCCCCGCCGCAGUGCACAAUGGAAAGGUCAGUUCCAGCCGCCGCCACCGCUCCUGGCGCCAUGGCCCUUGCGGCGGCGACACACCGGCAAAGCCAUAAUGUCACGCCCAGCCUCUAAUCGCUUUGCAGACGCAGUAACGCCAUUCGCACUUCACGCUUUGCACAUGUGGUACAUUUCAUGUUGUAACGCUUGCUCUGCUGUACUGUAAAGCUUUGUGUGAUAAAAUAAUGCUCACACCUUCCAUUUUCCAUUCCUUCAUUCCAGCUUAACAACGAACCUUGGUGAGAAGAUAAUUAAUACGACAAGGUAUGAGUGGAAACAUAAUUGUGAAGAACAUGGAUUUUUAUUCUAAAAAACUAUGAUGUUGGACGAUUCUUUUUAUUUACGCAAACAAGUCAUCAUGAGAAUGUUGCCGAGAAUUGGCACAUUGAUAUUCGAGCUCUCGUCUUACAAUAUUGCGAUAAAUAGUAGUGUUAAUCAUAGUAAAAAUAAGUGAACAGUGUUUAGAAGCUGUCAGACAGUAGGAAAAAGAUAGGCGAGAAAUAAUUAUAUAAGCUUGAGCCUAAAGUGCGUCUGCAUGUCUAGGUCGUUCCUUUUUAAUUGAAUUUUUGUCUUUAAGAUAAUGAAAAUUUUAUGGGAAAGGUAAACUGAUAUAAGUGCAGAAAAACGAAAUAUACAUUUGAUAAUUUGAACUGUAUUUAUAAGUCCAUAUUAUUUUUUCAACUAUAAGUACCACUUGUGAAGUUAUUGUAUAUCACAGUAGUAGAAUUUGUAAAUUAAGUUAAUUUUCUAAAGUUUAUUAUUUAGCUAUCUAGAAAAAGCCACAAGAGAUCUUAUAUUGCUUUUUGGCUAAUACUGAUUUCAUAUGCACAUUUGGAUGAAUAGUUUACGCAGAAAUUGUUCGUUAAGUCAUCUGGAAAAGUAUCUAUUUCCAAGAAACUCUACGCAAGUAUCAUUAAAAGUAUGCUAACAUUAAUGAAAGUAUUAAAACAACG